AUGAUGAUGCUUGUCCGUGAGGCGAAAGUUCUGAUCGCUAUCGCUACAGUAUGCAGUUGUUCAGCAAUGCUUGUGUGCUUAACUGUGGUGACAAUGCUGUACGGUGAGAUCGACGUAAUGCAAGCAGAAGUAUUCGAUAAUGUGCAAAUAUUCCGAGUGGACACCGAUGCGGCAUGGAGUGAAAUUAUGCAACUGAGAAUAUUCGCGAUUCCACCGUCAAAAGCUCGCGAGAAUCCCUUCAAAAGUAUAUUCAGAAGGCGAAAGCGACAAGAUUUCUCGAGUCUUCCAGAUUUUUGUCAUUGUGAGCCACUGAAAGUCACCUGCCCACCGGGACCACCAGGACCAGCCGGCGAUCCUGGACCAGAUGGACGUAAGUGA